AUGGACUCCUCACUUGAUCUCAAUGGAUUGGCCAAGUCUCUUCCAGCAUCCAACUUUGAGAAGGCGGAGAAGGAUAUGUUGAACAACUUCAAAGCCGCUGCACUAAGCAUAACAACUCUCUACAAGUCCUCCCGACAUGCUUCAAAGAGCGCAUAUAACGCAGGAUACGCAGCUGCAUGCAACGACUUCCUUCUCAUGCUCCAGCAGGGUGUCUCCUCAGGCGCCAUCCCCUCUGACCCUCCCCACCCCUCUUCCUACUCCUCCAUGUCGGGCUCAAAUCAGGCGAUGGACCCCAUGAUGGAGCACGGCGGUGGCAUGGGCGUGGGACGUAUCAUGGAUUGGGUUGAGGCACGCCUCGAGGCGAUUAAGGCGCGGCAGGAAGAGGAGCUUGAGGAUGAGGAACGUGAGAAGGAGCGGGAGCGCAUCAAGUCGCUCGCGGCCACUGCUGGGGCCUCGUCAUCGUCUUCGGCGAUGCGGAUGCGGAAAGAUAACGGCGCGGGAUCAUCUUCAAAGCGCGAGGAGGGGCCGAAGAGCGAUCAGAGGCAGGGAUCAUCGUCGAUGGUGAGCUUGAUUCAUGUUGCAUUAUGCCACAGAAGUUAA